CUGGUGCGCGUGAACCCACGCCCCUGCCGCGUGCAGCGCGGUGGAAGAAGCAGCCGGAAUCAAAACUCAGAGGAUGCAGUCACUGUGGUCCCGUGUUAGCUGUUUUGUUAACUAUCGAGUCACUUUUUCUUCUCCCGUGAUGCCUUUGAUUUUCCGUUCCUUAUAAGUGCAACAUCAUUACCCGCUAACCGGAACGGCGAGCCGCCGCGCUGAGGCGGACCGGCUGACUGAGGAAAUGCGACGCCAUUCAAGGAAGAAGAAUGUUGUUUUGGCAGUGCUGCUUCUCAUUGGGGGAUUGUACUACAUUAGCCAUUCCUUCCUCAUUGCUGAUCCAACAAAGCCACAGGAAGUGAUUCCAGUUGAGUUAAGCUGGCAGGCAGAGAGGUUGGUAAAGAAGGAUUCCUGGGUGGAACAGGGAGACUACCUACCUCUCAAUGUGUCCUAUCAGCUGCUUGCUGGAGCCCCAUCUGCUCAGCAGAGGUAUUUAUCUAUUGGAAUAUCAUCAGUGAAGAGGAAGAAGGGCAGCUAUCUCAUCCCUACCUUGCAGUCUCUCUUCUCCCAGUCGUCUCCUGGGGAGCGCUCCUCCAUGGUGGUGGUGCUGCUGCUGGCAGAUUUUGACGUUGUCUGGAGAGUAGGCACAGUGCAGGAGAUCAAAACUACAUUUGCUGUGGAGCUGGAACAAGGCCAGCUGGUGGUCCUCCAUGUUCCACAGGAUGUGUAUCCUCCUAUUACAGGUCUAAAGAGGAACUAUAACGAUGCCCCAGAAAGGGUAUCGUUCCGCUCAAAGCAGAACCUGGAUUACUCCUUCCUGAUCCACUACAGUGCUGGUCUUGGCAGAUACUACCUCCAGCUGGAAGACGAUGUCUUCUCCGCAAAAAAUUUCCUCUCCACCAUAAAGAGGCGCGUUGAGGAGCAGGAGGUAAAGAAGACCACCUGGACAAUGCUGGAAUUCUCAGCUCUGGGCUACAUUGGGAAACUCUACAAAUCAGCCCACCUUCCUCUGCUGGCACGAUUCCUCUUCCUCUUCUACCAGGAAAUGCCCUGCGACUGGUUGAUGUCUCACUUCCGAGUGUUGCUAACUCAGAAAGAGACAAUCAUCUUCAAACCCUCGCUGUUCCAACACAUGGGGACUUUCUCCUCGUUCCAAGGGACAUACAACAAGCUGAAGGACAAGGACUUUGAGGAGGACUUCUACAGCAAUCCUUCGGCAGAGGUUUAUUCUGACAUGUCCGCCUAUAAGAAACACAUCCCCAAACUGGCAUGGGAUGCUGGAGAGGGCUUUUUCUGGGGACGCUCCCCGGAAAGUGGAAAUUACCUGACUGUGGUGUUCACAGACCCUGCAGUGCUGACAGGGAUAUUUGUGGAAACAGGAUCAGGGGGCAAAGACCUCCUGGAGUCAGCUCAGGUGGAGUUAGGCCAUGACGUGAUCAACACAGAGAAACAGGAGAAGAGCUGUAAAGAGUUCCAGUCACUGGGGACGUUAGAGAACGGGAAGUUUGAGAUGCAAGAGAUGGACAAAAUGUAUCCCACUGCCUCCUCCUGUCUGAGGAUAAAAGUCACAGUGGGGCAGAAGGAUUGGGUGAUCAUUAAGAAAAUCAGGGUCACAACAAAACUGAGUAAACCUCCGAACCAGUCCAAGGAGUGAAAUUUUUCUCUCCUGCCAGUUGAAUAAUUUGUUUGACCUGCUGUACUGUGUACACAGACUGAACACGUGACUUUUGUGCCUUCAGUUAUUCAGUGCUGAAUGAAAGAGUGUGAAGCUUCUGUUGAUAUGAAAAUGUUUGAUGAAGCUUUGUGAGAACUUGUUGGAUCUCUUCAACAAGAGGAGAUAUGCAAAGUUCACAUCAGCUACAGUAUAAGCAAGCAACUCCAGGGGCCAGAUAAAUGAACGAUGCGUAUACUUUUCCCAACGCAUAAACUGGUAUUCAUUUGGGGAGAAUGUGAAGUGAGAAUACCUCCUGCAAAACGGGGAUGCAUGAUAAUAUAGACACAUCAUUGGUAUUGGCUGAUAUUGGCUUUAAAAUGAAAUAUCAGGGUACAAGGUAGAUUAAUUAGUCGUUUUUUAUUUGUAGUUAAUUUUUAGUUUAAAAAAUGAAAUUUAAAUUUGUCCUUGAUCCUGCUACA